CACAAAGCAGAGAUAGCCUCGUAUAUACUGUGCAUACCGACGUGUCAGUAUGUCUGGGUCUCUCGAAACCUUCACCAGGCCCUCCGCCUUCUUUGUGCGCCAUGCCUCUCGCACAAGCACAAACACCCGCAUUCCUCCUAUCGCUCGUCGAUCUGCCUCCCCCAUCUCCUGUCGUAUGGCCAUGUUAUCGCGUGACAAGCUUGAAAGAGAAACAGCAGCCAAGAACCCCAACCUGCGUCGUUGCUUAGGCCACCAGCGACUUCUCCGCCGUUCAAUUGAAGCUGCCCAAGAGGAUAUGCGAAAGGCCAUGGCAUCAUUCAAGUUAGAAGACAGCGACGAUGAGGACGAAAUCCUUGAGGAUGAUUAUGAACCCUCUCCCAGCCCUGUGAUUCGCGAGCAGAUCACAAGGGCUGUCAAGGCAAUGGUCAGGCGUCGUGCAACCAGCCAGGUCUACGAGUCCGACAAUGCCAAUACGGCGCCGCAAAUGAUGCGUGUGAGCUCCAAGAAUGAGAGCAGCUAUGACUUAUCAUUGAGACAACCCAAUGCCUAUUACAAGACUCCAUCUGUCACGACCAAACGUCGCAAACCUGCCACAAACUUUACCUUUACACGAUUGUUGUGGUCGUCAUCCGGCCAAUCCAUGCAAGCAAUGACCAGCUGAUCCCCACUGGAGGCGUGCUGGAUAGCAACAAACAUUUCUCAAUCUUACCUCAACUAAGACCUCCUCAUAAUAUUCUCUCCGACGCUACCUCUGCAUUUACAACAGCGACUGCAAACCAUCCUUGAGAGCAUUAAACGUCAUGCUUAUGUUGUUCUAAAAGUUUCUAGCGCUCGCAUGUCUAUCAACUAGACCUGAAAAUAAUCGAUUUUGCUGAUGCUUCAAC